AUGGCGGCGGCCGGAGAGCCCGCACCGACCCCGGAGCCUCCGGCCGCGGGGACCCCGCCGCCGCCGCCGCCGGCCUGCCGCUUCUUCCUGGAGGGCCGCUGCCGCUUCGGCGCCCGCUGCCGCCAGCCCCACCCCGGGGCUCCGACGCCGGCGCAGCCGAGAGGCGGGGCCGAGGCCGAGGCCGGGGCCCGGACCAAAAAGCCGCCCCUGCGCACCGCCGCGGCCGUCAUCCAGCGCAUCCGCUGGGACCCGCGCCUGGACCCCGCCGACUUCGCGGUGGGCUACGCCGACCGCUUCCGGGGCGUCCUGGAGGAGCCCUUCGGCGCCUUCUGCUGGGACGAGCCGCUGGCGGCGCUCGGGCCCGGCGCGCUGGCCGUCCCGCAGCACCGCGUCCGCUACUUCCGCUUCCGCGGCCGCGUCGUGUGGGACCGCGACUCGCGCACCGACCACGUCUUCGGCUCCGGCUGCGCCGCGGGCCGCGGGCCCACCAUCCUGGACGCGCUGGGCGCUCCCGGGCACGGAGAAGGGCAGGAUGGCGCGGACGCGCACGGGGACGAGCACGCGCCCGGAGCCGGAGAGGCGCCGGACAGCGGGGACGAGCAGGGGGUGGACACACCUGGGACCCGGGAAGCACAGGACUGCGCAGCUGCGCCCCCUUCUGGCGCCCCAGCAGGAGAGCUCGGACCGCCGCCUGGGACCGGCCCCCAAGCCGAAGCCGGGAGCCUGGUGCCCGCGGGGACUUCGGUGAAGGCCCAGGCGCUGGGCGGGGCCGGCAGCCCGGCUUCCCCACCGAAGGAGCCAGAGAGGGCGCGGAAGCUGGCCGCCAAAGCCAGGACCAGAGAGGCACGGACCAUGGCGGCCGCUGGGCAGCCCCUGGGUGACUCCUCCGAGACAAAAGAGGGGUGUCAAGAGGAGUGGGGUACUGAGGCCUGGCCCGAAGCUGGCGGAGAGGCCACCGCGGCCAGGGACACAGCCCCUCGCCAGCCUCGCCCCACGCACUUUGUGGCCCUCAUGGUGACAGAGCCCGGGCUGCAGGCGGGGGUGGCCAAGGCCCAGUUAGAGCUGGUCCGAGCUGCGCCUUCGUGUGCCCCUUUCCUGGUGCCCGCCCAGGCCCUGCACCUGACGCUGGCCCUGCUGAGGCUGGGGGGCCCCGGGGAGACAGCGGCUGCCAUCAGUGCGCUCAAACACGCCCUCUCCGAUCCGGGACUUCCGGUACCUCCGCAGGUGACCUUUAGGCAGCUGGUGCUCCUGGGCCCCCAUGUGCUGUGUGCGCCCCCCUCCCCGUCCCUGGAAAACAUGGCCCAAGUGCUGGGCCAGAGGCUGGAGGCUGAAGGGCUCAGAGUGCUCCAGCCCCCAGGGGGGCUGCACCCGCACCUCACGCUGGCCAAGGUCCCCCGCGGCUCUCAGGGCCACCUCCCCAUGCCCGGGCCCAGCCCAGGGCAGGAGCUGGGCAGCCAGCUCCUGAGACAACUCUGGCUGUGCCGCAUGGGGAGGGCAGGGGAUGCCUACCAGCCCCUGGCGGAGAUCCCCCUGGGGUGA